AGAAAAAAGAGGAAUUUUUGAUAGAUUUACGAUAUAAAGAAGAAUAGAGGAGAUGUCACAAGUAGAAGUUAUUAGUAAUGGAGAUAAUAAAGAGGAAAUGGUUUCUCUUGGAAUAGGAGGAUUUCCUGAAAAAAUAGCAGAGUUGAGUCGUGAAAAUGAGAUCAAUUAUGGAGAAAAUUUUUCCAAGGGAGUUUAUUGUAGUAAUUGUGGUGUAUCAUAUACUCCGUUAUGGAGACGAACGUCUAAAGGACAAUAUGUUUGUAAUGCAUGUGGUCUUUAUUCAAGGGUGAGGAAUAUGUCUAGACCGAUUCGUUUGAAAAGAGUGAUGGUUUCGUCGGUAACUCAUCGUAUGCGAAGAAAAGCCACGAUUUUAUUAAAAGUGAAUGGUGAAACAUGUUCGACCAAUGCUCAAUGUAAUGUUGCGAGUAGUGCACAAGAAUGUGAUGGAUGUUCAGCGUUUAAUCAUGGUGUUUCCAGAACGACCGGAUUCGUUUCGGCUUUAGAAAAUAAUAAAGCACAAGAAUCAGAUAGUAAUUUUAAUUUAUCAAUGGAUAAUUAUGGUAUUCAUACAGUUACAUGUCAGAAUUGUGGAACAACUACGACUCCUUUAUGGAGAAGAGAUGAUUCCGGAAAUACUAUUUGUAACGCAUGUGGACUUUAUUAUAAACUUCAUUCUGUUCAUAGGCCUAUAAGUAUGAAAAAGAAUUCAAUAAGAAGACGAAAAAGAAUUCAUGUUCAAAAUAUACAUGAUGUCGUUGAUAGUAAUAUCGAAAAUGCUACAUCAUCACUUUUAAAACUAAGUAACAGGUCACUUGCAUCCUUUCCUCAUGUUUCUCCAGAUGUAGCAGGAUCUUUGUUGAAAACAACUUUAGACAAAAUUGCAAAAGAUGAUGAUAUAGUUAAAUUAAACGAGCAAAAUUUUCAAGUUGAUUCUUUUGAUUCUGCAUUAUAUCUAAAAAAUCCAAUAAUUUCUAAUGAUAAUCAUAAAGAUAAUAGUAUGCUUUCGAAUGAACCUAUAAAUCAUCUAGAAGCAAAAUGUCAUGAUGAUCAAUAUCUGUCUCUUUUUAAUUCCGAAUAUUCAAAAACAUUAGAUCCUUUAUUGUCAUCUCAAACAUCUCCUAAAUCUAAUAAAAAUGCAUGUAGAGUAGCCGGUAUACAUUCUAUGCUUAAUUCUUCUUCUAACAACUCUGGUAAUCUCUCGUUUAAACUUCAUACGAAUAAUGCAUCUAUAAUAGAAUUGUUAACUUUACAACACCCGUCUGAUGUAGAGAUUUUGAUUGUUCCUGAAAAUAUUGAAAAAGAUGCAUCAUUGUAUAAAAAAUAUAUAGAAGAUAUUAAGGAGGAUGUUAAAAUUCAUGCAGAAAGAUUAAAAUUAAUGUUUUCAAAUGCACAGAGAAUUAUAGAGGAAUGUGAUAAAAAAUUAUCUUCCAAAUAGGAAAAAUAGGUAUUUUGAAGGACUUGUAUUUUAUAUAAAAUCUUAC